GGCAAACGCGUUCUUUCUCAUCUUCAGCCACCAUGUUGUCUUGUUUCUCCCUGAACUGGAUUAUACUGAUCUUGUUUGCAGGCCCCAGAGUAUCAGGAUCAAUCCUGAAAGGAGUGGUUGGUCAGGAUAUCACUGUGCCCUGCUCUUACCGCGUUAGGACGAGCGCCGACAUCACAACGAUGUGCUGGGGUCGUGGCGCCUGCCCGGCUUCAAAAUGUGCGUUGCCCAUUAUCUGGACAAACGGAUGGAAGGUGACAACACAGUCCUCCAAGAGGUACCAACUACAAGGGAACCUGUCAAAGGGCGACGUGUCCCUCACGAUAGUGAAUGCAGAGGAAGCAGACAGUGGGACGUACUGCUGCCGUGUGGAGAUCCCAGGGUUGUUCAAUGAUCAGACAACUAAUCAGAGGGUUGUGAUUGAGAAAGCUAGGAUCACUACUCCAAGUCCUCAUACUUACAUCUCUGAACAGACCUCAGCUCCUGGGACUGCCGGUGACUCAUCCUUUACCAUCACAACAACAUGGCCAUCAGUUUCUGCUUCAGAAGCUCCUCAGACUGCUUACGAUCCCUCCUCAAGCACCAGUUUCGUCUCACACUCCUCAGAUAUAACCAUAGACUUGCAGAAUAUGUCUGUGUCAGCUCACAGUGCACAGUAUUCAGAAAAUGGGAUGUACGUUGGGAUCGGCAUAUGCGUCGUGAUUCUUGUCAUCCUUAUUUUGGCUCUGUUCCUCAGUAGACGCUAUUUACACAAUAUGAAGAAGCUGAAUAACUUUCCAAGCUCUAUCAUAUUUUGGAGAUCAGAACGUGCAGGGAACCAAAAUGCCCUGGAAGUUGAGCUGCAUGCAGAGGAAAACAUUUAUACAAUACACUAAGGAAUGAACUCAUGCUUGCCUUUUUCAUCACUGGGACUUUAAAUAGUUUGCAAAAUGUUAGCUGCUCCCUAAAUUGUCUGCUCAACAGCUAGAUGUGAGUGGACUGAUACAUUACUCACAUCGUUCUAAUAAAGCAAAUAAAAGCUACCAUUCUAGUUAAAAUCUUUAUCAGCUAUUCCAGAAAGAGAACUCCUACUGGCUUAAAUGGAAAUAUUAUUUCCAGAAUCCAUUUAU